CUAAAAUGGCUUAUUGUAGAUAAAUAUGAUGUCACACCUGUGGUGAUGCGAGAGGAUGAUGUCAUAUGUGGUUAGGGCUGAUUAAGGCUGAAUGCAUUCUGUAGCUCUGGAAUUAUCCAUCUAGUAGUCCAUUGUAUCCUGCUCUCCCAUCAAAGGAGUUCAGGAUGGAAGGUGUGGUCCUUGUGUCACCACCUCCUCCUCACAACCACAACCUUGUGGAGUAGGAUUGCUAACUUUAGGAAAUUCCUGGAGAUUUUGGGGGUGGAGCCUGGUGAGAGUGGGGGUUGGUGAGGGGAAGGACCUUAGGGCAGUGGUAGUGAACCUAUGGCACUUCAGAUGUUCAAUUGGCCAUUCUGGCAGGGGCUGAUGGGAAUUGUAGUCCAUGAACAUUGGAGUGCCGUAGGUUCUCCACCACGGCCUUAGGGAAUAUAAUGCCAUAAAUGCUGCCUUUUAGAGCUGCUGUUUUCUCCAGGGAAGGUGGUCUUCAUAGCCUGGAGAUCUCUAGGCCCUACUGGGAGAAUAGUAACUCUUUGCCCAUUAUCUGGCUAUUCCCCAAGUCACCAACAACCUUCACAGCUAAGUGAGAAUUUACGGUCUCCCCGAUCCUAAUCUAGCAUGGUAACUGCAACCCCUGUGCUGGGUAGCAAUUAUGGGCUGUUAUUAUAACAAUGACCAAUCAUGAUGUAGAGGCUUAGUUUUGCGCCACAGCUGUAACUCGGACAGGGGUUGGACGCUACGAUUCUACUUGUGCAGAUGCUUCAGGACGGGCCAAAGUUGAUGGAUCCCACUGUGUUGCAGGAGACCAGCCAGAUCCCUCCCGAUGCCAGAACACACUUCAAGGUCUGCAGGUUUAUCAUGGAGGCAGGUGUGAAGUUGGGCUUGCGCUCUAUCCCCAUUGCCACAGCAUGCACCAUCUACCACCGCUUCUUUAUGGAGGCACCUCUGGAAUCCUAUGACCCCUACCUGGUAGCUAUGGCUGCCCUGUAUUUGGCUGGGAAGGUGGAAGAGCAACAUCUGCGGACAAGGGACAUCAUCAAUGUGUCCCACAGGUACAUGCAUCCCCGGAGUGAGCUGCUGGAACUGGACACCCAUUUCUGGGAGCUGAGAGACAGCAUCGUCCAGUGUGAGCUGCUCGUGCUACGGAUGCUCUGCUUCCGGGUCUCUUUCCAGCAUCCUCAUAAGUACCUGCUCCACUACUUGCUCUCUCUGAAGCACUGGAUGAACCGUCACAGCUGGGAUCGGACCCCGGUGGCUGUGGCGGCCUGGGCCCUGUUGCGGGAGAGCUACCACAGGCCUCUGUGCCUGCAACACUCCCCGCAGCAUAUUGCGGUGUCCGUCCUCUACCUUGCACUGCAGUGUUACGGGGUGCAGGUGCCGGCCGAGGCCGAAGCUGAGCGGCCGUGGUGGCAGGUAUUCAGCGAGGAUCUCUCCAAGACCACCAUUGACCAAAUUGUCUUGGACUUGAUACAGAUUUACACUCUGGACCGAGAAAUCUCCUGAGCAUCUCUGGGCAAGGAGGAGACGGCUGCUACGACCCAGUUUUGGUCAGCUCAGUUGCCCCAAGCAGAAGGAAGGGGCACUGUACGCCUUUCUGGGUUUCCCCAUCCCUUUUGGUGAGAAGCACAAACCACCCAAUACUGUCCUGCGAUUCUUCUGAACCACCAGGUUCUUCCACCCCUGAUUUCAGGGCCUUUGUCUCUUCCUGCCUGCUGAACUUGGGAGUUGGAGCAGGGCUGAGGAGGAGAGGCCCUUCCGUCCUGCCUGCCUGCCUGCCUACAGACCCAGCCCCUCUUGCGCGCAGAGUUUGCCUCCUGGGUCAUCUCUGUCACCCCUGAUUCUGGAGGAGCUCUGGAAGCUCCAUCCCCCCCCCCCCCCACACACACACUUGGUUUUGCCUUGCACCAGGACCGGCUGAGGGCGUGGCAUGCCAGAUGAGCAUUGACUGUCCGUGGGGCCCUGUCUGAGCCCGCGGGUCCGCUUUCUUUCAUGCUGGAUUAAAAAUGGUAGUUCCAUG